GCGGGGGGGGUUUAUUUUUUGACAUUUGGUGACGAUUAUUUUUGUUGUUAGUGGAGGGUAGUGGGGGGGUGAGAUUGGAUUCGUUGGAUGCUGUAGCCAAGCCAAGAGUCGUCUUGGGUGGAAGUCAUUUUCCGUAUUUUCGCGAUAGUGACAAACCAAGCGGCCUCCUAAUUUGAUGAUUUAGGGCUGUUAUCGGCGCCACUCUUCGUCAUCAGCAGCAGCAGCAAAACGAUCAUCAUCACCACCACCACCAUCAUCACCACCAUCACAACCAUCAUCAGCAGCAAUAACAUCGUCCGCAGUAGAACGAAAGGGAAGGCAGUCAGGCGAGCUGAUUGUUGUUAGGGGCCGGCAGCCACAAUGGGGGCUUGCUACAGCCUACGCGCUCGGCUCCUCGGCCCCGAUGUUCCACUCGCCUACGAGACAACGCAGCAACAACAACAGCAGCAGCAACAACAGCAGCAGCAACAACAACAGCAGCAGCAGCAACAACAACAGCAGCAACAACAGCAGCAGCAACAGAACCAGCGGGGAGACGUAGAACGAGACCAGCAGCAGCAGCAGAGAGAAGCGGAUCGCGAGAGGGAGGUGCGGAUGCAGUGGAAGCGGGAGGACGAGAAAGCGCGGCGCAAGACGAACAAGAAGCGAAGCAACAUCAUCGACAAGAAGCUCAAGGCGGAGAAGAGGGAGUACAAGCAGAGGCACCGCCUGCUCCUUCUCGGGGCUGGAGAAUCUGGAAAAAGCACCAUCGUCAAACAGAUGCGCAUCUUGCACGUGAACGGAUUCAACGCCGACGAAAAGAAACAAAAAAUUCAAGAUAUCAAGCGGAACAUCAGGGAUGCUAUUGUGGCCAUCACGAGCGCCAUGAGCACCCUGGUACCGCCCGUGGCGCUCGCGAACCCCGAGAAUCAGAUGCGCGUCGACUACAUCCAGAAGGUCGCGUCGCAGCCGGACUUUGAGCUCACGCAGGAAUUUUUCGACCACGUGAAGGCCCUCUGGCAGGACGAGGGCGUGCGGAUGUGUUACGAGCGAUCCAACGAGUACCAGCUCAUCGACUGCGCCCAGUAUUUCCUUGACAGAAUUGACACGGUGCGGCAGAGCGACUACACGCCCACCGACCAGGACCUGCUGCGAUGCCGAGUUCUGACUUCGGGGAUCUUUGAAACCAAGUUUCAGGUGGACAAGGUCAACUUCCACAUGUUUGAUGUGGGAGGUCAACGGGAUGAGAGGAGAAAGUGGAUCCAGUGUUUCAACGAUGUCACAGCCAUCAUAUUUGUGGUGGCUUGCAGUGGCUAUAACAUGGCACUGCGCGAGGACCCCAGUGUUAACAGGCUAAAAGAGGCCCUUGACCUCUUCUGCAAUAUCUGGAACAACAGGUGGCUCCGAACCAUCUCGAUCAUCCUCUUCCUCAACAAGCAGGACCUCCUGGCGGAGAAGGUGCUGGCGGGAAAGUCGCGAAUCGAGAAGUACUUCCCAGAGUUUGCGCGGUACACCACGCCAGCCGAAGUGAGCCCUGAAUUGGGCGAAGAUCCGCAAGUGACGCGAGCAAAGUAUUUCAUCCGGGACGAGUUCCUGCGCAUCAGCACGGCGAGCGAUGACGGCCGCCACUACUGCUACCCGCACUUCACGUGCGCCGUCGACACGGAGAACAUCGGGCGCGUCUUCAAGGACUGCCGCGACAUCAUCCAGCGCAUGCACCUGCGCCAGUACGAGCUGCUCUGAUUGGUCGGACGAACCGAACGGGGAUCCUACGCGCAAAAAGAAAAUGUUUUCGAAUGGCGGCGGCGGCAACGGUAAACGACAACAAAAAGAAAAUUAAAAGUAAAAAAAAAAAAAUUUGACGGCUGUAAACAAUCGCCGAGAACGAAUUGGAAGGAGGAGUAACUUGGCGAGUUCGACUUGCUCGGUUGCGCCCGUUUUGCUGUUCGGCCAAAAAAACAAAAAACGAGAAGACUAAACCAAUAGUUGCUUCGACUACAGCGGAACGCGUGAGCAGCGGGGAACGCUCUGAACAAUACCCCGUCCAUUAACGAACACUCACUUUUUUCAACCCUUUAUUUCAGUUUUGUCGUUGCAGACAUGAGCACAUUGUCUUGGGACAGUGAAGGUGAUGGACGUCAAAGCCAGUUUCCGGCUGUGGGGGGCGGGUGCCAUUUCUUAGCUGCUCAGAAAAACGGGGGACCGCAAGAUGUCUGCGUCACGCUUUCCUGAUUGUUGAUUACUCGCAGGAAACGAUUUGCGACGAGAAACCGCAGGGGUAGAAAUCGUUGGACUGGGAACUUCACCGUUUCACAAUUGCAUUGCGUCGCCUGUCCCAAUUUUUCUGCUCGGACAGAUUUUCUGCAUGUCUAAUCAAAAAGGCUGCGAGCGUCAUCUUUGCCACGUGCGCGAUGUUAUUUUGUCGUGGGUUGGUGUCGAGCUUUCACCUCCCCCGGUGUACGACGCUGCUGUGUACACACGAAAGGGUUUUUUUGUCCCGGUGGACUUUUGGGUCGGCGACGCUGAAUUGGCCGGGCUGCUCUUGUCCCCACUGCAGGGUAGAGAUGGAAAAUCUGUCGAUCGGGGCUGUCUUCAAAAACAACCCAACAACAACAACAACAACGGUAGCACGAAGAUUCUGGCUGGACAUCGCGAUCUAAAGGAGAAGUGGUCCCAUUUUUUUAAAUAAUCGUUUACUAUAUUAUUACGGAACUUCAAAACUACAAAGAUGUGUGUCGUCGCAAAGUUCGCAGCAGGUAGAGCAACCAAUAAAUGUCAAAGUGGCGAGUUGUGCCUGUGUGUACGCGCGUGCCUAUGCGCACAUACCCACGCAUCACGUGAAGUGCAGUCUUGCGGAUUAAACAAAAAGUUGACGGAUAGAAAAAAUGAACGGCUCGACAACCAACAACAGCAACAGCGGCAAGCCUGCACAGAAGAAACGAUGUUCGCUCGAAACGUUCACGCGAAACCGAUACCAAACGCGCGCCAGAGCCACGCGGGCUGGCGCCGCGACACCGACGCCUGGAAGUGUGGGGGGGGGCGGUGGGGGGGGGGGGGGGGCGCCACGCGGACCGAGCCUCCUCCUCCUCCGCCCCCGAGGACCACUCCGGCCGCCGGCAGCCGCGCGUCCUCGCACCAUCGCCGCCGCCGCUCGCGCUCACCGAUCACUACAGAGAACUCUCGCGCUUUAUUUCGCCGAAUCGUUUUGAGAAUAAGCAGCAGCCACCACCCCCCGCCCCCCACCCCACAAAGCAAAGGGCUAUGCGUAUUGACGGUUGAUCUUAUGGGUUUUUUUUGUUUGUUCUUCAGUUGCAUUUCCCUUUUUUGUCGCCGAUGUUUUUUUGUUUGUACGCUCUGUCCCGCAAGCACGUGCUUCUCGUGGAGGUGCGGUCCGCCCGCACGGCGCGGUGCAACCGCUAAGACUUCGGUGCAACACGGACUACUUAGAAAUCCCCAAACGCAGCUACUCGAUGCGACGGCGUUGUUGUUCGUCCCUGUGGAGGGGCGGGGGGCGUGGCGGUGUCGUCCCUGCGAUGCAACGGAGGAGAGUGGAGGGACAGACGUACACUUUGGCGGCCGCAGAGGUUCGAGGGCGAGCACGGGGGGUACAUUUUUUUUACAUUUUUCCCCCGCUGCAGCGGCAGAGCCGUGCUGUCGACGUUGCGCGCAACGUAACUAGCGGAGACGCAAGCGGACGAUGUGACUGCGUGCAAUUACCGCGCCGUUAGCCUUCCCCCUCCCCCCACCUACACCCCUGGCACUGCUUUGCCCCGAGCCAGAUUCGGAUGUCUUGUGGGGUUAGUGUUGCGACGAUUUGGUUCCGGCUUGGCGGUGACAAAAUUGCCCAGUGGGGGGGGGAAAAAAAAAACACGUCCAAGUGAGGGCCCCCCCACAGCUGGCUCAGCUCGCUUGUGCCGGUAGAAGCGGGGGGGAGUAUUACUCGCCUCCACGCCAACUCCCGGAGCUUAAUUUCUCGCCGAACUAUUUCAAUGCCGCCCGGUAGGCCGGAGCGGGCGGCACGGCGACCGGGCAGAAUCCUCGGCCACGGUGAGGAACGGGAACGGGAACGUCGCGCCAGCUGAGGGUUCGGUUUUACCUGGGUCGCCGCUCACGCGGACAGAACCCGGCUUGAAGUGAAGCCCUGCCUGAGAGCCGCGUGGCCCACCAGCCCCACCCCCCCCGCCCCUCCUUGCUGUGUUCUAAGCACCGCCACCAUCACUCCGAGCUCGGGAUGUGUGCGUACACCAAUAGCCAGUAUCAAAAACCACCACACUUGAGCCAGAGUGAAUGCAAGCGGUGUGUCCCCCACCUCCCCCCCCCACCUCAUGUUUCAUAGUCUAGAUGCACCACUGUGUCCAAUAAGCUUGCAGCCAAAUAAGAAAAGAAAAAGUAUAUUGGCACAGUAUUGAAGUAUAUAUAGAGAGAGAUGCGCGUAUUAUGUGGAACGAUCUAAAAAAAUAAGCGACGCAUUGCUUCGUCACUAACGCAAAUGAAGGACACGGGAAACAUAUCCUUUUGCGUUUAAGCAAAACAUCUUAAAAAUGAUAAUAUUACAUGGUUGAUUUGAUUACUCGAUCUCUAAAGCAGCAAACGAAUGCACACACAGACACAUCCUGUAUAUAUGUGUGUGUGUGCGUGCACGCGUCAUGCCGUUACUUUCUCUUUGUGUCGGCACUUAAAGCGGAAACCCCCAGGCCGUGCUCGCCUUCGUGCUUUGUGCCACAGCCGCGGCGUCAUCGCGUAGCCAAAAAAGAAAAUCGCGUCGACGAUUGGGUCACGCCGACGAUGUUUUGGGUGCAAGUGGUCGUGGCGGGAGGGGUGGGACGGUCAUUUGGGGCGAUCUGCCCGGAACGAGAGGGCACGGAGCGGGUCGGCACCGCGCCUUGUCGGUGGCCCAGCAUGGGGGUUGGCACGCCGCAUCCCCGACGGGUGGUGACGAUGUUGCAAUGCAGUCCGCUGGAGUCAGCAGCGCCACUGUAAGCACAUUCAUUGUGCUUACAGGUGUGCUCACGUGGCGAUAUUGGCGCAGUUAUGCAAAGCACACACACACACACACUCCCUCAGCUGUAUUUGGUUUUUAUUUUCAUGAUCACGUUUAAGUCUAGAGGGGCGCGGCUGGGGGGGGGGUGGGGGUGCAGAAGUUUCAAAAGUUGCCGUGAUAUUAAAGUAAAAAAAAAACCCCGCUAUCGCACUUUGGCAAUAAAGCCAGCUUGCAAGACGCGGCAAUCUCGCCUGUCAGUCGUCGUUGUCAUCAUCAUCAUCGUCGUCGUCGUUAUUAUUAAUCCGAGUUCAGGCAGCCAUGGGCGAGUUGGUAUUAAAUUCUCAAGUCACCGAAUGUACCAGGCACUCGUUGUCUGCGUGUUACGCCUGCGUGCGCGCUCUCUCCGCUGCUGUAUUCCGCGUAAGAUGACAGAUUGGGUCUACGACUCGACGUGUACUGAUGUAUAGUGUUGCCGACCACACGUUACCCUUAUAAUUAUUAUGAUAACAAUACAACAGCUGUGACAUUAAAAUUGAACAAUUUGCGCAAUAGCCAAUGCCAUGAUGCUCUGUAUAAAGCCGCAAACACUAAAUGUCCAUAAAAGCAGUUACGUCAUAGGGUUUUCAAUAUUGAGAGGAAUGGUUAACUGUUUAAAAAAAUAUAUAUAUGCUAAGAAGGUGUGUACAAAAAAAGUGGGAUAUUGUAUAAAAUUACGGAAUUCUG